AUGCAAGCUGGGAAAAAGCCGUGCUCGGUGUGCGGCGAGGCUGGUGAUGGAGCGCACUUCGGAGCCGAAGCCUGCAGGUUUUAUUCUUUCCAGAAUUUGCUCGUUUUCUGGUUACCUUUAAACGUUUCUUUCAGAGCCUGCGCUGCAUUUUUCCGCCGUAGUGUCGCACUGAACAAGGCCUACGUCUGCCGGUCAAUGGGUACGUGUGUGAUUCAAAAAAGUGAGUGUUUUUGCAAGACUACUCUUUGCUGACCAAGUUUUGGAUCAACGUGACUUGAACACAAACAAAAGUGCCAAAAAUAGAAUCGACUAGAACAAAACAUGUUUAUUUUUUUGGAAAAACACUUUUGUACAUAUCUUACUUUUUGCUCUACUAUAUUUUGACCACACUUGUUGGAAAUUGGCCCGGCGAACUCAAAAUGACAAAAUUUUAAUACUGAAACCCGGUCUGGUGUUUAGACAAGUCGGACUUUAACAAAAAAACGAGAGAUCUGAACUUUUGGCCUGGUCUGUGACAAAGAUUGUGACCCUGACAAAAAUGCUUAUUUAUUUUUCAGAUGUCCGAUGCAUGUGCCGAGCGUGCCGAUUCACCAAGUGUAUUGGUGUUGGCAUGAGAAAAUCAGGUGGGUAGACUGAGCUUUUUUCAGAUUCGUCUUGAUUUCUGUUAUUUUCAGCUGUCCAACGACAUCGUGAGCUGAAUGCGAAAAUUGAGGGAGCAAAUCAGGAAAUGCACAUUUAUCGAGCAUCUCCUCCGUGGCCCAUGGAAGUCGGACCAUCUCCAAUCGACGAGUCGGGCAUGCCAACACUCAGCAAACUGAAUGAGAAUUACGCGCAUAUGGGUGCUGUAAGACGGGUCAUUCACAAUUCUGGUAGUGAUAACAUUUUUAAUGUGAGUACGGCACAAAUCACACAUUUUUUGUGGUUCGUACACCCACGCAGCGCGCAAAUUAUCAAGUUUCAGCGUCGAGAACCGAAAGCGGUGGCGUACAAAGACGCCAACAGCGUGCAUUUGAAGGAAAUUGGAUUGGUGGCCGACUGGGUGAUCAAAUCGUACGUGGAUUUUGAGAGACUUCAUCAGGAACAGAAAGUGAGCGCAGAUUUGCAAGGAAGGGGAAGUAUGGGAACAUUGAAAAUUGCUUUUUAGAAACUGCUAUAUCGAAACUUCUUCUUGCCAUUCAUGAUUCUGGAAUGCGGGUAUCACUGCUGCCUAAACAAUAGAACAGACAUUCUGUUCCUGCCCUCUGGAGAUUACAUCGACUGCAGCCGACCAGAGACAUUUUACAGCGGCGACAGUAGCUCGUUGUUGAUGAGCUCGGAAGAGGCAGUCAGGUUUGUGACGUGUUGGAACGCUUUUUUAUGAAAAACUGUUCUUUCAGAAUGUUCGUGCCUUCCUUUGAUAUCUACAGGCGUAACGUGCUAGACCCAAUGCGACGCGAAAAAGUGGACAACUACGAGUUCUUCACACUCUGCUCGCUUGUCCUCUGGGACCACGGCUUAGAGGGUCAGGCCGAUGAUUGUGUGAUGAUGGCCAGAUCCAACAGGGAGCGCAUUCUUCGAGAAGUUCUGUUCUACUACCGAAGGGUCAAGCAGAUCUCGGAUCCCUCGAUGAGAUUGGCCAAUCUUUUGGUGCUUUUGCCGGCUCUUCAGGUGAAUAAUUAUCAUAUUACCCAUUUUCUAUAAGAUUCGACCAGGCCUAGAACUGCACAACCACUUUUUACAUGUUUAGUGUAUACUUUUCCCGAAGCAUGAUGGGAAGUUUUAUUUUACAUAACUUCUUUCCAGAAAACUCGAAAUUGUGGGUCUAAUGCUACAUACGAAGCACCGGGAAUAAUGACAUUGAGUUUCAUAAAAACAAUUUUCUUUUCAGAGGUCCGUACGAAGGUUCCAAGAAGACAUGGAAAUCACCCACGUGUUCAAUGUGUACUCGGUCGAGUCCACGUUCUACGAGCUGGUCAGCGGAAGGCUUUCCGACAGUUUCUUCCAACAAGCCACAAAUCUGAAGGAUGAUGAGAUCAAAAAAGAAGAAGUAGAUUGUGUCUGGUGAGUGACAGACCGGAAAUUGAAUAUACCAACAGUUCAGCAUUACACAAACAUAUUUUGCAGGGACCUCAACUCAGGCCAAGUUGUCGACAUCUUUGAGUACCCAACUCCACAGUACUCUUCAGUGGAUUCCAACCCAUCUCCAGAACAAUUCUAA